AUGAGUGAAGAAAGCAGUUCCUUGGUAGAGACAAAUAAAAGAAAAAGAAUUUGGAAUAACCCUUAUGAUGAAACGGAUGAAAAAUAUAAAAUCAUUAGUCCAUUAGUGAAUGUAAUUGGAAAUCAAAUUGACGUCAUAGAUACUUGUUACAAUGUUCAAAGUAUUAUUACCAUUACUGAAAGUGAUAUAGCACAAAACAAAGACAUCGUUAAAAUACCAGAUCAAGUCGCCGGGAUAUUGUUCGCUGCUGUUGGUUAUCGUAAUCAUCUGAUCGAUAUUAUUGGUUCCAUUGGCCAAUUUAGUAAUGGAAUGGAGAAAUUUUUAAAGUUCUUCAAGUAUUCAUCAACACCAACACAAUUUCUUCAUUAUGUAAAAAAUCCUGUAAACGAUCUACGUGAAAAAGUUACAAGUUUAGAAGCUUUUAGUAAUAAAAAUUAUGAUGAUCUUAAAGAUAACCUUUGUACGUACCUUGCGAAUUCUGGUUCAAAGGGAUUGGAAAAUAUAAUUAAUGAAAAGGUGACUCAGCAACGGGAAAUAAAAAAAUUACGAGAAGAAUUGAAAAAACUUCAUGAAGAAGCAUCCGAGGAUUUGAUUAAAAACCGUGCAGAUAUCGGAAAACUUGUGGAAGAAUUUAAGAAAUUACAAUUAAAACGUGAAUUUAAUAAUAAAGAUUUGGAAGAUAUUGUAAAACAAAUAAAGGAUUUGAAUGAAGCCCGGGGAAAAUAUGAACAAAAUAUUCGAGAUGAGCAGAGUAAUAGAAUGAAUUUCUUCUCCUUUUUCUCUAAAGACUAUAAAAGAUUGAAGGAAGACGCAGAAAAUCAAAUUAAAUUAAUGAAAUCCCGACAAAAGGAACUACGUGCUUUGGAACAAGACUUGGUAGGAAAAGUAGAAAGAUUGAAACAUAACAGAGAGACAUUGGAAGAUGAAUAUAAUAAAAAACAUGGAGACAAUAUCAAAGAACUAGAGGAUAAUAUCAAAGAAUCAAUUAAAAAAUAUGAGGAAUAUUCGAACAAAAUUGAAGAAAUAUGCGAUAAAGGUUGUACGCCGUCAGCCGUAGCGGCUGUCGAACUGUUAACGGCUAUUUCAAGCCUUACUAAAGCAGAUACAAGUACAACCAGUAUCUAUAUAGUUGCUUGUAAACCCAUCAAAUCUUUACUUAACGAUAUUGAUGGACAUCUGGAAACUCUUAAAAGUCUUAAUGGUAAUAAAGAAGUUUGCGAUGAAAUUGUUAAAGAUCUUGAAGAAAGUUUGAUUCCAUUUCAAGCGGUGGUUAAAAUUAUUCAACCAUUCUUAACUAAAUCUUUACAGGGCGAAAGUUUAAAUCAUUCUGGCAAAUCUAAAUUACAAAUUGUUCAUUAA